AUUCCACAGCGUGUGUGCUAGGGGGAGGCGGAGGCAAAGUCCAGCUUCCCAAAGGAAGGCUCACCCGGAGAACACACAGGUUCACACUUGGGAGUCGCUCUUCCUGGUGCCAGAAUCCAUCACCCAUCACUGGGGCAGACAACUAAGGACACCCACCUGGAGAUUUCCUUAUCUCACCAUCCUUCCUGAAGGCAGCCUCACAGGGCCAAAUGCUGGUGGAAAGAAAUUUGGAUCUCCACUGGUACUCCAGAGACAGGCAUCCAUAAUAAGUAAUAUUACUUUUGUACAGAAGGCAUAUGCAAAUAGAUAAAGAAACAUCAUGGAUCCAACGAACAAAAGGGCAGGCAUUUGACCCAGACGUUCAUUCGAUGAAUCUGGAGGUGAUGUGCUAAAGGACAGGGUGACAAAGAAAUGUCAUGAUUCCGAAGAGCAAACAAUUUAUUUCUUUCUCCUAUUAAAACAGAAUUUAGACUGCUGCCAUGCAAAAAGGACCCUGUCUGUAUCAAUUGUUCUUCUCAUUGUGAGCAUGUUAACAUGGCAAGAUGAAUCCUUCCCAUUGACCUUAAAAAAGCAGGGAACAUUGGGGACUGGCUGCAAGGAGCCUGGGGAGGUAACAGGGGGACUUCUGUCUAGGUACAGCCUUUAGGGGAAGGCAAUGGAUUCCUGUUCUCCGUGUACUGCUGCGACACCUCAGCAGUCUCUCUCUAGACUGAGAAUUUGAAGUAUUUUCCUGGUUAUACAGAAUAAUUACUAAGGAAAUCAACAGGUUGGACAAACCCUUUUAGAACACUAAAUAGAAAAUGUAAGCUUUUUAACUAUUUGGGUUUGAAGGCGGUCUUAAAGACUGUUGAACAUCCAACAGAAGAAAGGGGGUUAUUUUAGGGGUUAUUUCUGGGUAGGUGUAGCUCAUAGAAAGAGAGAAAGUUUGAUUUUAAAUUAAUUCUCGCUGAUGUUAGAAAAGCACCUACAUGCAUUUCAUAUGAGACAAUGAUUGCAGGCCCACAAUUAUUGCUGAAGGUGAUAAGGAAGUAUAGGAAUAAAACAAUAAGCAUUUUUUUCUCAUAAAUCUCAUAUUCGUGAAGGUGACGUUUAGCCUGGUUAAGAAAUCAAAAGUUCAUUUACUGGGAUACCAACAGCACUGAGCAAUGGGAGGUGGCGAGAGAGAGGUAUAUAUUCAGGAUCUCACCAGUCACCACACACAGGCUUGCAGGCUCCCUGCCCACCUCUGCUUCCUCCAGGAGCACAGGAGUUCCAGAUCACACCAAGGCCGCCAUGAAUUCACUCAGUGAAGCAAACACCCACUUCGCACUUGAUCUGUUCCAACAGUUCAAAAAAUCAAAGAAGGACAACAUCUUCUAUUCCCCUCUCAGCAUCACAUCAGCAUUAGCCAUGACGUACUUAGGGGCCCAAGGAAACACUGCGCUCCAAAUGGGAAAGGUCCUUCACUUUAAUGAAGUCACAGACAACGCAAGAGAAAGACCUACAACAGCUCAUGUUGAAAAGUUGGGAAAUGUGCAUCACCGAUUUCAACAGCUUCUAACUGAAUUAAAGAAACCCACUGAUGCCUAUGAGCUGAGUAUUGCCAACAGGCUCUAUGGAGAAAAGAAGUUUCAGUUUCGUCAGGAAUACAUGGAUAAUGUUAAGAAAUUUUACCUCGCCAGUGUGGAAUCUGCUGAUUUUAUAACUGCUGCAGAAGAAAGUCGCAAGAAGAUUAAUUCCUGGGUGGAAAGCCAAACAAAUGGAAAAAUCAAGGAUCUGCUUCCCCGUGACUCUCUUGAUUUUGCCAUUCUGGUUCUGGUGAAUGCAGUCUAUUUCAAAGGGCAGUGGGAUAAGAAAUUUGAUAAAGAAUCUACUGUGGAGGAAAAAUUUUGGCUGAACAAGGAUACCAGCAAAUCCGUGCAGAUGAUGAAACAAAUUGGUUCCUUUAAUUUCACUGAACUGGAGGACAUGCAAGCCAAGAUCCUGGAAAUACCAUACAAAGGCAAAGAUCUAAGCAUGAUGUUGAUGCUGCCAAAUGAAGUGGAUGGUCUGCAGAAGCUUGAAGAUAAACUCACCACUGAGAAACUAAUAGAGUGGACAAGCUCACAGAAUAUGAGGGAGAGGCUCGUGGAUUUAUAUUUACCUCGGUUCAAAGUGGAAGACAGCUAUGACCUCAAGGACACGCUGAUGUCCAUGGGGAUAGUGGACGCCUUCAGUGAAUGGGAUGCCAACUUCUUGGGCAUGGCAAAGAGCCGGGAUCUCCUGGUGACAAAAGUUGCACACAAGUCCUUCUUGGAGGUGAAUGAGGAGGGCACAGAGGCCACAGCUGCUACAGGCAUCAUAGUUAGUGGUAGAACAUCAGCACUAAUUUAUGGAAGUUUCCACUGUGAUCACCCUUUCCUGUUCUUCAUCAAGCACAAUAACACCAACAGCAUCCUCUUCAUGGGCAGAGUCUCUUCUCCUUAGAUGCAAUUAGGCUGCUACUACUUUAAGGGGAAGUUCACAUUUAUUCUAAUAUGUUGAUAGCUAGAAAUAACAGGUUCUCUUUAAUUCUUUGUCCUUUCCAAUCUCAUAGUCAUCACUAAGAGCAUAAUGGUUGAAAUAGCAUGACUGACUAUCUCUCUCUUUCUACAAACACCUGUAAACCUACUUUAUUUCCUCAUGAUGAUUCCCUUUGGACAAAAUGUUCAAGAUAAGAUGAUGGGAUAUUUCAAUACUAUAUCUUCUCCUAAUUUGGAAAUAGCAUAUCUCCAAUUUCAAAAUCAUUUCUACUAAUAAAACUUAUUAUGCUAGCACCCACAUUUAUUAAA